AUGUGUCGCCAAAUUGUGCAUGAUAAUUGGGAUGUUCAUGAGUCGAAUUCUUUGAGCUCAAAAAUCAAAUGUUGUAAUACUGCUUUAGUCGAAUGGGAGAAGGAUAGCACUGGUAAUUUCAAGCAGCGAAUAAAUAGUUGUCAUAAAAUCCUGAAGCUUUUGAAAAAUAGAAGGGAUGUUGAUUCGGUUAACAGGUACAAGGAGGCUCAAAAUCGUUUGUUUAAAGUCCUCGCCCAGAAGGAGGUCUUCUGGAAGCAGAGAUCCAAAAAAAUUUGGCUGCAAUCUGGUGACCAAAACACUAAGUACUUUCAUGCUUGUGCGAGUACUAGGCAGAAAAAUAAUCAGAUUUUGUCUCUUAAGAAAGAAGUGGGAUUUGGGUGGAUUGGGAAAAUGGCUUACCGAGUGUCGUUGAAGAUUAUUUUAGAGAGUUGUUCAUAG